AUGUUAUCACCACAGUAUAUGUCCUUAGAUGUUUUCCUUAACACUAUAUUUCCCCAAUAUGCUGAUGAUUAUAAUUCAGUUACUACAGAUGAGAGUAAUAAAGAUUUACGUAAUAAAUUCUCUACUAUGUGUAAUGAAUUCUCCGAAAAUUUGGAGACUCAUGUACCAAGAGUUCAGAAAAUUAUAAAAUAUGCUUGCCAAGAGUUUGCAAUAUAUUUAGAACAUAUAAAUAGAAAGAAGACCCCAGAUGAAGAUGAAAUAUUUAACGUUAAUUCUAGCUGUAAUUAUUUUUUUUACAAGCUACAAGUUCUUAUGAAAUCGUAUAAGGUUACUUGUAAAACGGUAUACCAAUGUUAUUUAAAUAUGAUAAGAAAUAGGACAGAUAUACCUGAAUACUAUAUUGCUUCUAAUGUAUGUGCGCAGGAAAAUAAUUAUGUUGAUUACCUAGAUGAAAAUAUGUAUUAUAAGGUAUUAUAUCUGGAUGCUCUAUAUUAUAUACUGUAUCAUUUAAAAAAAAAUAGAAAAUCUAUAGAUUUUAAAAGUAAUAAAAUCUUAAGUAGUUUUAAAACUGACUUAUCAAAUUGUAAAAAAGGAACCAGUAUUUUCUGCAAACUUAUUAGAGAAAUAGAUGUAGAAUUUAAUAAAAUUCAAGAGGAAUUUGAUAAUAAAAUUGAACAUCCUAUUGAUAAAACAGAACGAGAAUUUGUUAAAAUUGAACAUGAUAUUGAUAAAACAGAAGACGAAUUUGAACUGAAAGCACAUGUUUAUGGCACAAUUCCUCAAGCCUCUCAGGAAAUUCACACUGAAGGAUUUAGCAAAACGAUAGGCAAGAGUAUAACCACAAUAUUUGUUGUUUCUGUAUUUGCUUUGAUUAUACUUACAUUCAUCGGUUAUAAGUAUAAACCCCUUGUAUCAUUUUUACAACACAGAGAAAGGAAUAUAAUAAAAAAGAAGAACAAGAAAAAUACAAAUAUAUUAAACUCAUCGAUUUCAUAUGAAGGAAUAUACAAAGAAACAACUGAUAAUAAAUAUAGUCUAGCAUACAGCUCGGAGGGCUAUUAA